GCGCAAUAUGUUAUCCACGGCCCUGGCUGCUUCUAGUAUCAGCUUGGUGUUGUUGUUGUCACAUUAAAGGGGGGCAAAAUAAAGAAUUGACGAAGUUAUUAUAACCCUGAGCCUGUCGCAUGAGGUUACUGGGUGAGCCCCUCCCUGCCAUGAGAGCUGACCACCAGGUCACCAGCCCCCCCUCCUUCUGCAGUUGAUGGAUCUGCAGCUGGUCCAGAGAUGACAGACAGCGUCAGGGCCUUCCUCCGCAAUGUUGCGACGGGGAUCAAGGACUCCAUAUUGGGGAUUGGAACAAUCUCCAAGCUGGAUGCCCGCAUCCAGCAGAAAAGGGAAGAGCAGCGGAGGAGAAGGGCCAGUGGGGCCCUGGCACAGAGACGGGCACAGAGCGAGGAGCGCAAGCCGGACAAUGAACCCAAAGUAGCCAGCAGGAUUUUUCAGUGCUGUGCCUGGAAUGGAGGAGUGUUCUGGCUCAGUCUGUUUCUCUUCUACCGGGUGUUUAUCCCUCUGCUGCAGACCCUCACAGCAAGAAUCAUCGGUGACCCCUCCCUCCAUGGCAGUGUUUGGUCCUGGUUAGAGUUCAUCCUGACCUCUGUUUUCAGCGCUCUCUGGGUCCUCCCUCUCUUCGUCCUAAGCAAGAUAGUCAACGCCAUCUGGUUCCAGGAUAUAGCUGACCUUGCAUUUGAAGUGUCUGGAUGUAAAGCUCAGCCUUUCCCCAGUGUUAGUAAGAUCAUCGCAGACAUGCUUUUCAACCUCCUCCUCCAGGCACUCUUCCUCAUUCAGGGUAUGAUUGUUAGCCUCUUCCCCAUCGAUGCCAUUGGACAGAUGGUCAGCCUCCUCCACAUGUCUCUGCUCUACUCCCUGUACUGCUUCGAGUACCGCUGGUUCAACCAUGGCAUUGAGAUGCACCAGCGUCUGUCCAACAUUGAGAGGAACUGGCCCUACUACUUCGGUUUUGGUUUGCCCAUGGCUCUGCUGACUGCCCUGCCCUCCUCAUAUAUCAUCAGUGGCUGCUUGUUCUCCAUCCUCUUCCCCCUGUUCAUCAUCAGUGCUAAUGAGGCCAAGACGCCAACGAAACUCUAUCACUUCCAGCUGCGCCUCUUCUCUCUGGUCGUGAUGAUCAGCAACAAACUUUUCCACAAGACGGUCCACCUGCAGUCCUCGCUGACGUCCUCGGCCUCCUCAGAGCGGCUGUCCUCUCCACACACCUCCCCCACACGCCAGAGACCCCUGCCCAGCCAGUGAUGAGCCACUGGAUGGAGGCAGGAGAUCAGAUGAUGGCCACUCAGUGUGAUCCCCCCCAUGAUGAAGAUGAUUUUUCGGUGUAGGACAAAGGGUUUACAUGUUUUUAUCUCCUCUCUGGCCCUUUGGUUACUCAUUCACAGACACGUUUUUAGUGUGACACAAAACUCGACUGCCCUGUGCCUCACACUCAAAACACGUUAUAUACUCAGCUCUUCUUGUUUUCUUUUGUGAAUUUUCUUUCUUUUUUGUAUAAUGUGCCAUUUGAGUGACUCUCCUUUUAAUAAAUUACAGCACAAGAACUCAUGUAGUGUUACUAUGUUUAAGCAGACGUGACUAAAGAAGGAUUUUCUAGCAAUGAAGGGUUUUCAUUGAGAAGCAAAGCCCCUAGCGUGUUUUCUGUAUGUUGCAAGUCCUUCGUCACAGAUGGAAGGCGUACUUGCACAUGGUUAUUUUUCUCCUUGGUAUCACACUGACCUACAAUCUCUAGGAGUAACCUUGUGUAAUAAAAACAGGUGGUUCUUA